UAUCACCUCAUCGUAGUCCAACAAGUGACAUGUGGAUGCGCGUUCGGCAGUAAUCUACUCUCUCGGGUCCCGUGCUCUCCCCCUCUGAUUCUCCGGCUGAAGGUCAGCGACAGUGAAGGCAGGGAAAUUUCCAGUUAUGAUGAAGAGCCCUUCCUCGUCUGCCAGGCUAGCUUGGUGACCGAGCAAGGCGAGCCUGCAGACCUGAUCGCGCCUGUAAGGGCACCGAACUCCUCUCUGGGGAUGUCGAGAGAAGCUCGGAUGCAGACUCACCCCUCCGAACAGCGAGCGACACCAUCGUCCAGCCUGAGCCGCUCUGCGAGUCCUUCACUUUCUUCGACUGCCUCGACUACAGUCGCGCCAACUACGGGAGUGCGAAUGCUCUAUGGUAGUCUCGUCGCGAGCCCGCAGCGUUUUCGACGGCCUGUGGAAGAGGGCACCUCCUACGCAACAUAUUUUAUCUUCCCAGAACUAUGCAUCAGAUCCAGAGGAAGGUAUAGGGUCCGCGCCUCUCUCGUCAGACUUCCAAAGACUCCCUCGAUACCCUCACCAAUGAUACCACCCAUCAAUGAGCCUUCAGAGGCUCUCACAAGCAUUGACACAGACGUCAUCCAAGUGGUCCUGACGGGCGACUUCGUGGCUCCCUACACGACCGACAUCACCCGCUGGUUCGCCAGACAGGGUGCAGCUUUGACGCUUCCUGCCAGCGAAAGGCGCGACUGA